AUGAAGUUUUUCAGCACUCUUAGCACCCUUGCGGUCGCUCUCAUGAUGACUGGCGAGGCCGUGGCCGGCACCUACAAGGGUUUCAGCAUGGGCGCCAACAGGGCUGAUGGCGUCUGCAAGUGGGAGGCCGACUGGAAGAAGGAUUUCCAGGCCAUCAAGAGCUGGAACAAGGGUUUCAACGCUGUUCGUCUGUACUCUGCCUCUGACUGCAACACACUUGUCAAGGCCGUCCCCGCUGCCAAGGCCACCGGCAUGAAGAUCCUUGUCGGUAUCUGGUCCACCGACGAUGCUCACUUCGGCCGUGAUAAGGCCGCUCUCCUCAAGGCCAUCAAGCAGCACGGCACUGGCUGGAUCGCCGCCAUCAGUGUCGGAUCCGAGGAUCUCUACCGCAAGGACAUCUCCCCCCAGAAGCUCGCACAGCAGAUCUACGACGUCCGAGGCAUGGUCCACCAAUACAACAAGGCCCUCAAGGUCGGACACACCGACACCUGGACCGCUUGGGUCGACGGCACCAACGACGUCGUCACCAAGGCCUGCGACAUUGCCAUCACAAACGGUUUCCCCUACUGGCAGGGCGUUCCCAUCAAGGAUGCUCUCCGCCUCAAGACUUUCCAGAACUCGUACUGGAACGUCAAGAAGCACGUCCAGGCUGUCAACUCCAAGGCUACUGUCUGGGUUGGUGAGACCGGCUGGCCUACCAAGGGACCCAACUACCAGAAGGCUGCUGCCACGACCGCCAGUCUGCAGCAGUUCUACAACAAUGUCGGAUGCUGGCUCUGGCAGCAGAAGGAUGCCAGUGGUUUCUGGUUCACUGCUUUCGACACACCUGCCCAAACCACCGAGGUCGAGAAGUACUUCGGUGUUGCUAACCAGGACCGCAAGCUCAAGUUCAGCCUUACUUGCUAA